UAAACAGCAGAAGAAGAAGUUAGGGGCCGUUUGAGGAAGGAAGCGUCUAGCAGUCUUAUCCUACGAAGGGCACUUAUUAAAAAGCCUAAAACGAAGAACGGAGUAAAAAGAGGAUAAAAGAUGGACUUUAGGGAUCAUGCUUACACGAACACCACAUAUGAUCAGCUCAGCCCCUCGGACUUCACCUAUAAAAUGAGUGCUAAAGAAGUAGACGACUUUGUGAAGCUGAGGAUUUCCAAUAAAUUCCUGUUCUCUGGAAGAAGAAAUGCCUCCAUGGGAGCCUGGAGGGCCAUCCUCAAACACAUGAACCUGCACCACAAGAUGACCCACGUUCAAGCAUCCAAAAAGUGGGAGAACAUGAAAAAGAAAUAUAAGGAGCUGAAGAGUCCUCCAGAAGGAUUCAAAGUGUUCCCUGAAAAUUGGCCCAACUUCCAGCUGAUGGACGACGCCAUGAUGGGCCGUCUGGAAGGCAACGCCCCCAUCCUCACGGUCAACACAUCGGACAGAUACAACGGGGAUUUCUUACCCACCAAACCCAAGAGGAAGAAGUUAUCCAUGAUGAUUAACUCCACUGUGAGCUCUUUAACGAGCGGGCCGGAGAUCGAGGUUUCCCUGAACGGAGACGAGGACGGGGAGGUGGAGGAGGCGGAGCCAGAGGAAAGCCAGGAGUUAGACCGCAUCAUGCAAGAGGUGGACAACGAGAGGGACAUGAUGGACAGCGAGAGGCUGGUGAUGGAGAGGGAGAAGCAGGUGAUGGUGAGGGAGAGGAUGGUGCUGCAGAGGGAGAGGACGGUGCUGGAUCGGGAGAUUGCGGCGGUGGACCGAGACCGAGCCUCGCUGGAGAGAGAGAGGGCGACGAUAGAGCGGGAGAAGGCGGUGCUAGAGAGGGAGAGGUCGAUGGUGGAGAGGGACAGAGACGAGGUGAGAAGGGACAGGAUGUGUCUGGAGAGGGAGAAAGCGAGACUGGAGAGACUUUUUGCGACCAAAGAAAGGACGGUGACGGAGGAGGUGACGGAGGACAGGAGUAAAACGAAGGACUCAGAUGACACGGAGAGGAGGGAGAGGUUCCUGGACUUGUUUGAAAAACUCAUUGAAAAUUUUUGAUUGUAGAAGUUUCUGUUUAUGUUAUCGUUUAUCACAUAAAUCCACACUGAAGAAACCGUUUCUGACUUCGCUGCAUCUCAGAGAUAAACAAGGAUGAAGUUGA